CCCCUGUUCAGUACACCACUGAUUUUGGAUUAAUAGAGAUCACCAUUACUAAACAUAUAAGUGAGAGGUGGAGUGUCAGCAAGAACUAAAAAAUGAGUACAUCAUGAGUAGUACAAUAUCUAACUAACCAUAUCUGCAAAAAGCAACUUUAGAAAUAGAUGUCACAUACAUAUUUAUCCCAUUGUAUUUACAACAAUUUUCACAUGCUGCUACCAAACUGCAAAUUCAGUCAAACUCACUAUUAUACCAACAGCUAUAUAAUUUCUCACAUUCACAUAUUUUUUCUCCCUCUUGUUAUGCAUAUUGCAAAGACUCAAAGCUCUUUCUGUUUACACCCAGGCCUGCGUUGUACUUUAAUUACUGGGAAACUCAAGCAGGUGGAUGCUGGAGCCGGACAAGUUUAUGGGGUCAACGAUGCCGAUGACAUAUUCCGUCUCGUUGGGAAAAACUGGGAGCAUGUUUCAGGAAAACUGAUACAUGUGAGUGUGGGACCAGGCGGUAUUUGGGGAACAAACAGACAGAACAACAUCUUCAAGUUUCAGGAUGGUGGCUGGGUGCAGGUAGCAGGAAGCCUUAAACAGGUAGAUGCAGGAGGUGACAAAUAUCUGGGAGGUGUGAACAGUGGUGAUAACAUUUUUUGCCUGGACCAGGAUUCCACUCUUUCAACGGAUACGACUCUCCCUUUCAUCCCGAUUGAGGGAAGGUUAAUGUAUUAUAGCUGUGGUCUCCAUGGCUGCUGGGGAGUGAACAGCAAUAAUGCAAUCUUUUAUCGUCUGAAUGUGAGUCCAGAUGAAUGCAGAGGCAGUGAAUGGAAAAUGGUAGAAGGGAACAUGAUUAUGGUGGAAGUUGGCACAGAUGGAUCAGUGUACGGAAUCAACACCAUUGGCAGCGUAUACAAAAGACAAGGAAUCUCUGUUUUAAACCCAAUCGGGACUGCAUGGUCUCUGGUGAAUGUAUGUGGUCCUUUUAAGCAUGUGUCAUAUGAUGAAGGAAUGCUGUGGCUCCUUAAUACAAAUGGAGAUAUAUUCAAAUGUGACAUCAGUUAUUCAUCCCACCAUGUUUGCCUGCACGUCAAUUAACAAACCAACCCUAUCUUGUCAUUAUCUUCUAGGAAGACAAUUGUGAGAAAUAGCUUGAUAUAAAUGUGCUUCAAA